UCCAGGACUCCGUAUGUAAACUGAAAGGCAAUCUGCUUUUUAUCUCACUUUUAGAAUCUGUACUCGUGUCGGAAGAUUCAAAAUGUACGGACACAACCAAGGAAACCAGUACCCCCCCGGCUACCCAAACAACCAUCAACAGAUGCCAGGGGGCUACCCUCAACAUCCUCCAGGCAGCGCCCCACCACCAAACUACCCUCCUCAGGCCCACGGUCAACAGGGAGGCUACCCCGGAUAUGGGCCUGGGCCUGGUUAUGGCCAGGGGCACGGAUACGGGCCGGGCCAAGGACAGGGCCACGGACAUGGCCACGGACAGGGCCACGGACAAUGCCAGGGCCAAGGGCACGGAGGUGGACAUGGUCAUGGAAAAGGCCACAAGCACAAGAAUGGUCACGCUCAUGCCAAGUGUCACAAGAAAGGAAAGAACUGUCACGGGUCCUCCAGCAGCUCCUGCAGCAGUGACUCCGACUGAGGAAGAGUCGUGGACCUUCAUCUCUCACCAGAUACUAUGAUCAACAUUCUACAGCCAAAAUGUUUUUAAAAUGGAUUCGUAUUUAAAAUUGUCAUAAUAAUCAGGCUCCUGUGAAAAUAUAUUGUAUGAAAAACGAUAUUUGACUUUGAAAAUAAAAUAU